AUGCCUGGACUCAACUCAGUUUUGCUUGUUGGUGGCGCUGGAUUUCUUGGUUUACACCUCGUGCAACAGUUCUACGACCAUUGUCCAAACACGGCCAUUCACGUUUUCGACAUUCGUCCGAUCCCCGAGAACCUCUCCAAGUACUUUACUUUCGACAAGAGUAAAAUUCACUUCCACCAAGGUGAUUUGACUUCUGAAGAUGAUAUAGAGAAGGCCAUUGAAGCCAGCAAAUGUGAGGUGAUCGUCCAUUCAGCUUCUCCAAUGCAUGGUCUAGGCCAGGAAAUCUACAACAAGGUGAACGUGGUAGGCACCGAGACGCUUUUGAAAGUUGCAAAGAGAACGCCUGUCAGAGCUUUGAUCUACACUUCCUCUGCUGGUGUGAUUUUCAACGGGCAAAAUGUUUACAAUGCCGAUGAGUCGUGGCCAUAUCCCGAGGUGCACAUGGAUGGAUAUAACGAGACAAAGGCCAUAGCCGAAAAGGCUGUGAUGGAGGCCAAUGACCCCAAAACUCUCAUCACGGUGUGCUUGAGACCCGCAGGUAUCUUUGGACCGGGAGACCGCCAGCUUGUUCCAGGCCUCAGGGCAGCUGCUCGUUUGGGUCAAAGUAAGUUCCAAUUGGGCGACAACAACAACCUCUUCGACUGGUCGUACGCUGGCAAUGUGGCUGAUGCUCAUGUGAUUGCUGCUCAAAAGGCAUUGGAUCCAAAGGCCAGCGAAGAAAUCGGCGGAGAGACGUUUUUCAUCACGAACGAUGCUCCAACCUACUUCUGGACGUUGGCCCGUACCGUUUGGAAAGCAGACGGCCACAUUGAUAAAUACAACAUUGUGUUGAGCAGGCCAGUGGCCAUUGCGGCUGGGUACUUGUCUCAGUUUUUCUCAUCGCUUUUAAAGAAAGAGCCCGGGCUCACUGCUUUCCGUGCCCGAGUAACUUGUGCUACACGUUAUCAUGACAUUUCAAAAGCCAAAAGGCUCUUGGGUUACAAGCCAGCAGUCUCUCUUGAAGAAGGUAUCCAGCACACGCUUGACUGGAUUUACGAGACACACGAGCAGAACUAA